AUGUAUCUUCCGAGGACGCUUCUCUCGCAUCUCUACACGCAUCUGGUCCGCAACACGCAUCCGCUUUCACCACCCGUCUUGAUCCUCGUAUCCCUCGAUCCCGACGCCCUCUGCGCGUGCCGAAUCCUCACAGCACUCCUCAAACGCGACUACAUCCCCCACAAAGUUCAACCAGUAGCUGGCUACAGUGAAUUGUCUGCUGCCGGCAAGGAUCUGGUGCUUCCAUUGACGCGUCAACAUGGCGGUCAAGGUGGAAUUGUUGUCUGUCUAGGUGUUGGUGGCCUGGUCGAUUUGGAAGAGAUGCUCGGUCUGGAUGGAGGUGAAGAUGCAGAGACACAGAUGAACAUGUACGACCACGGUGUUGAAGUCUGGGUAGUCGAUGCGAGAAGACCCUGGAAUUUGCAAAACGUCUUUGGAACAGGAGCCAUGGCACCACCAGAGGAUCAAGAUGCUGGAAUCACCCCAGCCGUCGCCAAGAGGAGGAGAGGUGUUGAUGGAGGCAAGCUUCUACCAUCCUACACGCCUGGAAGAGGAGGUAUCAUUGUCUACGACGAUGGCGAUAUUGAGCAAGAGUUGAACGCCGAGAAAGAAGCCUUUUGUGCUCUACAAGACAUGCCCGAUAUCGAUGAAGAAGCAGACGAUGGUGAUCUAGACGAAGAGAGCGACGAUGNNAAGAUGCUGUCGACGACUCGCAAACACGAAAGCGAAAGACAUGGAGUGACGAUGAUGCAGAGGAAGAGGCCGUCAGUGACGAUGAUGGAGACAGACCAUAUCAGAGGCGGCGAAGUAACUCGGUUUAACUCAUCAAUACCCGCCACGCCCAGAUCACCAGCAUCACGACACGAACGAUUGGAAGUGUCCAACCACCCUUCGUCUUCACAACUUGGUCCAGUGCCUUCAUCACCACCGCUCCACCCCAAGCAGCCAUCAGCACGCUCACUUCGCCGCAAGUUGCUCAAGAUGAAGCGAAAGCACGAAGCCGUAUUGGAAGCCUACUACUCGUUAGGAACAUCAGCAUCUGAGCCAAUAUCUUCAAUGCUGUACUCGCUUGCCUCUGAGCUGGGCCGUGAAGACAAUGACCUUCUUUGGUUGGCGCUGGUCGGUAUGUCCUCUACAGAACUCUACGGCAGAUCCAAAACAGCAAAUACAGAAGCACGCCAAAACCCUUGGAAUUUGAGUCGCGGUGAUCAGAUUCGUGAUGUACUUCGCGAUGAAGUGCGCCGUCUCAACCCUGUACCCGCUUCAGAUAUCGCGAGAGAAAGAGACGAAGCUGGCGGCAUCAUACCCACUCAUGCACGCUCACCAACAGACACUUCAAUUCGUCUGUCACCAGAACCACGCUUCCUUCUGAUCAGACAUUGGUCUUUGUACGAGAGCAUGCUUCAUUCGCCAUAUCUGUCGUCACGACUACAUAUCUGGUCUGAUGCUGGAAAAAGAAGACUACACAAGCUUCUGGCCAAGAUGGGUGUCUCCCUUGCCGAAGCAGAAAAGGGCUACACACACAUGGACAUGGAACUCAAGCGCGGCCUACGAGAACGCCUCCUGAAGUUCGCUCCUAUGUACGGCCUUGACGGACUGGUACCAUCAGAAGACAGUCAUCGUCACAGACACGAAGGUUGGGGCUUUGUUCGCUCCUGGGGUUGGCAAGCCUGUCUCUCGGCCGUCGACGUCGCUGUCAUCACAAGCGCCAUUCUCGAAGUCGGUGCAGACCAGUCUUUUGAGACAAUCUCCGCCGCCAACCCACAUACCGAUUUCCGCAUGAAGGUCUUCUCUACACACUACAAUUCACGUAUGCAAGCACUACCCACACCACCUACAUCACACAAUGGCGACUCAUCACCCUCAGCAUCCCAAAUCGAGCACGAAACUUCAAUCUUGGAUCCUGACUGGACAACGAAUCGUUUCUUCGCCGCCUACGAUGCCCUGUCUCCUUCUUCAUCCGCACUACAACUUUUGCUGUCUCACGUACCCACUGCACAGCAUCUACACAGAGCUAUCCUCCGCACCGGCAGUGCAUUGAUUUCAAAACACCAGAUUCGUCACUUGCGCGCUUUCCGCAUGGGCGUCGUCCGCGAAGGCCCAGACGUGAAUCUCUUCAUUCACCCGGGUGCUCUCGUCAAACUCGCUACCUGGAUCUCUGAAGCCAUUUCAGUGCUGGAAGCAGAAAAGGGAGCCAAACGUACAGCAGACAAUGCACUGGUCCUCGCUGCUCUUGACGAGCGCAGAGGUGUUUAUGUCGUUGUCGGUCUUGGUGGUGGAGAUGCAGCUUCGGGACGUGUUCGAAGUCGCGCAGAGCAAAAAGCACGCGCUGACAAGAAAGCCGCUCGUGAAGUCAAGAAGGCAGAAAAGAAAGUCCAGAAAGCUGUACAGAAGGCACAGCGCAAGCAAGCUCGCCGUGAACGUGAUGAGGCCAAUGGCAUCUUUGUCGACUCUGAUGACGAGGCCUCUGAUGCUGAGUCUUUGUCCUCAGGCUCUGACUCUUCAGACUCGGAGGAUGAUUCGGAAGACGAGGAGGAAGCAGAGAAGAGAAAGCAGAGAGGCUAUGGAAGCAACAAGUUUGGGUCUGCGUUCCAGGAGGUGGUCGAGGAGACCGGAGCCAGAGUCCGAAUUGACUCAUUCGAACACGAGGUCGUUGAGGUCAAGAAGGAGGAUCUCAGUGGCUUCUUGGAAGCGUUGAGUUUCAAGGGUGUCGUCGGUUAA